AUGUCAGAGAAAGACAAAUCUCAGUCAGCAGGUUCGAACACGAACAUUCGUGUGUUUCUCCGCGUGCGUCCCACCACCCGUGCGUUCCCGGGUUUUUCCUUAUGCAAUACAAAUUUCCUGUACAUGUACAAAAUGCAUCACAAAUUUCUCCAAUUUGGGGUGUAAAACUUGUCAUGCUAAACGAGGAUCGAAGCCCAGUUUUGCCAUGCAGAGACCGCACUUGUACUUAUGUGUACGGGAAAUUUCUUGCGAAUAUUCUUUCCGCGAUGACGACGACAUUGUGGAUUUUCACAUCGACCGGGAGCAUGUGGAUUCCGGGCAGGGCCAACUUGUCAACAACUCGAAGCAGAAUCACAAGUUCAAGUUCGACGGGUUAUUCGGCAUGGACGCGACGCAGGAGGAAGUUUUCAAAACAGUCGCCGGGCCGGUAAUUAUUCUGAUUAAAAACGUCCCCACACCAGAGUCAACAUGGGAAAUCUGCUAGACAAAUCACACAGCUUUGGUGUUUUUGCAUGACAAAUUUAUCCUCGUAGUGCGAUCCUGUGCAGCUAGCUCAGAAGCAUGACAGAUCUAGCAUAUCACGCUGAUCCUAGCAACACAAAUCCCAAAACACGAAGGGGAAAUGCUUCUCAUAGGGCUCCGCAUGAGAAACUUUUUUGGCAUGCAGAAUCGCAUGACAACCACGCUGAGGUGGGGAUGUUUUUACACGGGAUAGUAAUCAAAGACGCUUUGAACGGUUUGAACGGUACGAUCUUCGCGUAUGGGCAAACGGGGUCCGGUGUGAACUGCAAAUAUGUCUGGGUCUGGGAGAUAAUUGCGAGAUUUAUGAUGCUAGUCUGGCAUGAGCAUGACUCUAAACUCUGUAUUGCGUGCCCGCGAAGUAGAGGUCCUCCUGUCUGUGAUGCAAAAACGCGGCUUCUCAUGCGGAGUACGCAACUCAGAGGCACCGGAAAACUUGUCAUGCUGGGGAGCGCAUCACAGUGGGCUCACUAGUAUUCCCUUCCUUGCAUCACAGGUUUCCAGACCCAAACAUAUUUGCAUUUGAUAUCGGGGAAAACGUACACGUAUGAAUUGCAAAAGUAUCGUACUCGUAUAAAUGCAUUACAAAUUUCUUCAGCAUGAGAAAGAAAAUUUGUAAUGCAGAUUUGCCUUAAGACAAAGAUUUGUAAUGCAAGACUUGCAUUUAUACGAAUACGAUACUUUUGCACAGGAUAACACGAUCACCGGUGGCUCGGAGAAAUACGUCGACCGGGGGUUGUACGGAAGCGUCAGGAUCGAAAUCAAAAAAGUUGAAAAAGUUGUAAUGCAUAACAUGCAAGCCACAAAAUGCCUAUCUUGCAGAGUAGGCAAGUGAGGCAGAUUGUAAGUCUGUUGUUCUUGAGUAGGGGUAGAAAUAAAGCUGGUGAAGAAGCAUGAAAAAAGGCGUCUUCCUUACCCAAACAGCAUGACAAACUGGACUGGGGUUCUACCCAAAUUUGUCAUGCGCCACUUGGAAACUGGGCACCAACUAGUAUCCGUUUUAUCCAUCAGAAAUCAUUUCAACUUUGUCGAUUGCGGUCCUGAGACUUCCAUAGGUUGAUACCACGGACGAUUUCCGAAAUUUUCGAGCAUAUAAGGCGAGACGGGCAGAAUUCACACUCCGUGUUUGUCUCGUACCUGGAAAUCUACAACAAUUACGGGUACGAUUUACUUUCCCGGGACGAGCAAGCACAGAAAUUGGAGUCGUUGCCGAAGGUACUUCAACUUCUUUCUAGAGUUUGUCAUGCUAAUAUUAACACUGCUUAUUUGCCUGUGCUUGUGGGUGUUGAUUUUCCCGUUUCAGCAUUACAAUUUGAGUCCUUUGAAUUUUUUGGCUAGGCUGUUCUGCACAACAAACUCCAGGUUUCCCUGCGCGAAGACGAAGAUGGCAACAUGCAUCUGAAAAACCUCUCCGUCAACGUCGCUGCCUCGGAAGAAGACGCUUUGAACCUUCUCUUCCUCGGCGAUACCAACCGCGUGGUCGCAGAGACGCCCAUGAACGACGCCUCCACGCGGUCGCACUGCAUCUUCAUCAUUUGGAUCCAGAGUUCCGAGCACGGCUCGGACGUAGUGAGGAGGUCGAAAGUGCACUUGGUGGAUCUUGCCGGAUCGGAGCGCGUGAGCAAGACGGGCGUGGAUGGGAAGUUGCUGGCGUAUUUAUGAUUUUAUUUCGAUUUUCGGUCGGUUGAGAUUGUCAUGUGGAAUUGCAUGGGUCAAGUAAGGAGUGAAUGGUAAUCGCAUCACAAGAACAUCAAAACAGCGAAGCCAAAUACAUCAACACCUCCCUCCAUUUUCUCGAGCAAGUCAUCGUCGCCUUAAACGAACGCUCCACCGGCGGCCGGAUGCACAUCCCGUACCGGAAUUCUAUGAUGACUUCGGUGCUCCGCGACUCCCUCGGCGGAAACUGUAAAACGGUGAUGGUCGGGACCAUCGCAGUCGAGCCGACCAACAUCGACGAAGCGAUUUCCACCUGCCGGUUUGCGCAAAGAGUAGCGUGCAUCAAAAAUUCGGCGAUCGUAAACGAGGAACUGGACCCGCAGUUGAUGAUAAAACGACUGAAGCGCGAGAUUUUGGAGUUGAAAGACGAACUGAAGCAAUACCGUGGGGACGACGAGGACGACGCGGAUCCGGAUAGCGAGCUCAGUUUAGAGAAGGUGGAAAAGUGCAAAAAGCAGGUUUUGGAGUUCUGCGAAGACACGCAAAUCGCGAAUUUCAUAGUCGUAUGGAUUGUAAAAAUGUCUGGGUCUGGAAGGAUGGAACUUGUCAUGCUAAAUCUGAAUGAUGUAAAAAUCUGUGUUGCAUGCUUAUCAAAAGCUGUCCACUUCUGACCUAAUCGAGAGGCAGUUUCUCAUGCAGGAUAGGCAUGAUGGAACUCUCACAGAAUGUGUCAUGCUAUGUCCUACAUGCCAGACGUCAUGGGUCAUAGAAAACCUGCAUGACAAGUGUGGCACCCUUCCAGACCCAGACACUUUUACACUUGAUAAGUCGGCGGCGGGAGGAAGAAGCAGUUGGAGUGUUUCCGUAUCCAGUGCAAAAGUAUCGUACUCGUAUUGCAAUCAAAAUCAUGCAUUACAAAUCCUUUACCUAAGGUCAAUCCGCAUUACAAAUUUUCCUUCUCAUGCUGAGGAAAUUUGUAAUGCAUUUAUACGAGUGCGAUACUUUUGCACAGGAUAUUCCGACAGUUCCGGCAAUUGGCGUUGAACGGCGGUGGGGUGGGAGCUGCUGGAUAUCCUGUGCAAAAGUAUCGUACUCGUAGUAAUUGCAAUCAUGCAUUACAAAUUUUUCUCUCAAGGCAAAUCCGCAUUACAAAUUUAAUUUGUAAUGCUAAGCCAAUUUGUAAUGCAAUUUAUACUAGUACGAUACUUUUGCAAUGCAUACUGGAGGGUUGAACGCAACCUCAGGCGCCGGUGCUUCGUCCUCAUCUUCUGCAGGCGGUACAACGUCAUCAAACAAAAACACCGCGGCGCUGCAGCAACAAAUCAAGCAGCUAGAACUGGAAGUGGCGCAGAGAGAUCAGGAAAUCGGCAUCUUGGUCUCGAUCGUGAAUCGGGGCGGCGGUAAUGGCGCAGCUGGUGAUGGUAUGCAAUACAAAUUUCCCGUACAUGUACAACAUGCAUCACAAAUUUCACCAAUUUGAAGCGUAAAACUUGCCAUGCUAAACUAGGAUCGAAGCCAAGUUUUGUCAUGCAGAGACCGCAUGUGUACGUGUGCGGGAAAUUUACUGUGGAUAGAUGGAAGUGCGGCGUCGAGUCGGGGCGGCGGCGCUUCAGGAACUAGCGCGUCUUAUGCAAUGCAAAAGUAUCGUACUCGUAUAGAUGCAUUACAAAUUUUCUCAGCAUGACAAAUAUAAUUUGUAAUGCGGAUUUACGUUAAGGAAAAGAUUUGUGAUGCAUGACUGCAAUACGAGUGUGAUACUUUUGCACAGGAUACGUCUUCCUCCACAAAAGCCGAUCACUCGCCUUCCGCCAGCAGCGUCGCAAGCCGGAGUACGAGCGCAACUACGCAAGGGAUGUUGUCUUCUUCCGCGUUGAAUACCAGCGUCGCUGCGUCGGAUGUAACGAGCAUUGCAGGGGGAGGCUCAGCAGCUUCAGCUUCUUCCAGUAGUUCUUACGCACCGCAUAGUCGCGGCGUCCCAGGAAAAAAUGCAUCUUCAAGCUCCAGUUCCGCCCCAGUCCCCCAGGGCCGCGAGGCUGCAGAACUCCUCCUCGACCGCGCAAAGGCGUUUGAAGUUUUUCGGAAAUCAGUUAGGCGAAACGAAUAUCCAUUGCAAAAGUAUCGUACUCGUAUAUUAAAUGGCAGCCUUGCAGUACAGAUGUAGUCUUUUACCCGAAUCUGCAUGACAAAUUCAAUUUUUCCUUCUGGAAAAAUUUGUCAUGCGAUUACUUAUACAUUAUAUUAAUGCGAAAAAAGAGGUAGACAGAGGGUCCCAGAGAGGUGGCCGAGAGGUAAAAAAGAGGUCGACAGAGGUAGAAAAGAGGUCGACAGAGGUGGAGAGGUGGCGCGGGACCCCGUUCGAGAGGGUCCGCGAGAGGGUGCGCGAAUAAGGCCCACAGUAAGGGCCCACCCUUAGGCGCCGCCUAAGUGGCACAGAGGGUGCAGAGAGGUCAAAAAGAGGGGGCGCGAGAGGUCGACAGAGGUGGCGAGAGGUGGCGCGAAUAAGGGGCGACCUCUCGCGGACCCUCUUGGCCACCUCUCGGCCACCUCUGUCGACCUCUACCCGCGAGUAUAGCCGGAUUAUUAGCGGGGACCCCCAAAAGAGGUCAAAAAGAGGCUCUGCGAGAGGUCUGCGAGAGGGUAAAACACAAAGAAACGGGCGCGAAUCCGCAUGGCACUACCCAUAUUUGGCACUGCAGGCCAUUCGCGGAGCUGUUUUGUGCGGCGCCUUUCCGCGCCACCCUCUCGCGCACCCUCUCGCGCAACCCUCUCGCGCCACCCUCGCGCGCACCCUCUCGCGCCACCCUCUCGCGCUACCCUCUCCCGCCGGGCGGCUUCUGUUCGCCCCCGGUGUUCUUUGCAGCUGCUCCCUGCGCAGAGCGCCCACAGGCGCGGGAAGCGCGCAAGUGGUCCUGCGGGUUGGCGAGGCGCAAUAUGUUUCGUUGUGCAUAGGCCCGCGGGGUUGUGGUCCGAUCGGCAAACAGUCUUGCCCCGGCCCAACAGCCUUGCGCUCCGGCGGCAGCCGGAGCAUGGCUGGUUCAUACUAGUACGAUACUCUUGCACAGCAUAACGAAUCGUUUGAAGAAAACAAGGAACUGUUGCGGGAAUUGUAUGUCAACGCGAAAGCGCUGGGUGAGGAGGCAAACACGGCACGGCAGCGCGCGGCGCAGUGCAAGACGGAAAUACAGAAGUUGAGAUUAGGGAGAGCCAUGGAGGAUGGGGAGGAGGAGAAAGGGGUGGAUGGGGAGCAAAGUGGGGCCGUGAGCAGUGGGAAGGAGAAGGCGCCAGGUACUUUUUGCUUGUACCACUUCCACUGCAGCUUUGCUUAGUGUUUUUGAUUUGCAGAAUAGUAAUCGAUUCCCUUCUGUACUAAAAGGAAAAAGUUUGCGAUUGAUCGCUUACCGUUGCUCCUUACACUGAAAUUGGAACAACCAUAUCCACCACGACCACAUCAGACCCGCAGGAGCAGCACCUUCUUUCGCAGCUGGAGCACGACAAGAAAAUCUACUCGGACAACACGAACACCCUCCGGCAGGUGAAACACGACAUUGAGCGGAUCCAGCAGGUUUUGGAGCAUAUGCAAUGUGGAUUUCCCAUACCUGUACAAAAUGCAUGACAAGGAGCGCUAACUUGCAAGUUUUGUCAUGCAGAGACUGCAUUUGUACGUGUGCGGGAAAUUUGCUGUGGAUAGAGCAGAACAAAAAGCGACUGCAGAAGGACUUCGAGUCUUGGUUUGUGUCUCUGCGCAAGGAAGCCACGGCCUCACUCACGGAAAUCGCAAAGGAGCAAGUGGAGAGCGAAAACGGUGGGGCGGUAACUUCUCAUGCGGGCGGCGGUCACCACCAUCAAACGCAUGUUUACGACCCGGUGAAUCAGCAGCAGGUGAAACUAACCGGGAAUGCGGAUGUCGAUAAGGAAGUUCAGGGGUUCUACAAAGCGCUCGGGAAGAUGAAGUGACAGUGAGUGGAGGCUUGCUAUACUACUUGGAUGACAAGUAACUCGUCACCGAUGAUGCCGACGCUUGCUUUGAGAAGUGCUGCGGUCGAGAUCUGUAAGAAAGUGCAUGAUGUCGUGGAUAGCUGAACGUGCUUUUGUCCUUCCUUGUACUUGUUAGAGCAAGGGAAUAAAACCCAUUUCCUCAGUUCUUUUCUAUGAAUCGUGUCAGUUGAUGAAUGAACAAGAUAUCAGCAUGACGUCGUCCUCGUGCACGACACGAUUAUACUAGCAAGAACACAUAAAAUCUUCAAUCCCAC